AUGGCAAUUCUGCAUUAUCUUGAAUUCAUCCUCGGGAGGCUCUUGUACCCCAUUCGUGGCCAUGAUUCGCGUCAAAUCAUCCACUGCCCUGCCUUCAACAAUCUCCCUGAGCCGAACAUGAGACUUGACGCACCCGAUGUUGGCCCUUCGGGCUCUAAGUUACCUAUCUAUUGUACCUGUAAGGCCGACGAUGGAAAAGGCACUCUUCCUGAGCUGCGCUGGACCGCGCCGAACUGUCGUGAGCAAGCCGAGGAGUACGUACUUCUCUGCGAGGACCUCGAUCCGCCAAUUCCAUUUAUGGUCUUCCACCACGGUCUUAUCUGGGACAUUCCUGCAUUCGUCACCAAGGCGCAAAACGCUGAUAUCCAGCCCGAAGAACAUGCCAAGAUCUCUCGCUUGACCGUCGCCGGGUGGCGCUUUGUUCCAAACUUACUCAAAUUACCGUAUGUCGGUGCUGGUGCACCCCUCGGUCACGGAAUUCAUCGCUAUGUGUUCACAAUCAUAGCGCUUAAUGAGUCCCUGAAGUUCAAUGCCCCCGAGAAAGCAACGAAGAAAGAGAUCAAGCGUGCUAUGAACGGCAAAGUCAUCGGCUGGGGUCAGUGGACUGGGACUUUCGAGAAGCCUUGGCCCGUCUAG